AACACAAAUGUGGCCUCUUCGCUUCCGGCUCUCCCUCCCUGCAGAGUUGUGCUGCUGUCGGCUGCUAAACAUGGCUACUGCUGGAGCAGCUGGAGACGACCUGAAGCAAGAGCUCACAUGUGCAAUUUGUUUGGACUUCUUCAAGGACCCGGUCAUUCUGAAAUGCGGCCAUAAUUUCUGCCGCUUUUGCAUCUGUAUGCACUGGGAUGAAAAUGGCGCAGAUUACGGUUAUCAGUGUCCUCAGUGCCGAACAGUAUUUAACAAGAGGACGUUCACUAAAAAUUACCUGGUGCAAAACCUGGUGGCCAAAUUAGACGAUCUGGAGCGUCUGGGCUCUUGUCCUGCGCCCUCCAAGCCCGUAAAAGUAGAAGGGAAAUGUGACCAACACGGAGAAGAACUAAAGCUCUACUGUCAAACUGACAAGAGGCCUAUCUGUGUAGUGUGUAGGGAGUCUAGAGCACACAGACACCAUGAGGUGGCACCACUCCCAGAAGUUGUCAAUGACAUGAAGAUGGAGUUAAAACUAAGGUUGAUGGAGCUCAACUGGCAGAAAUGUCAAUGUGUGAAGGUUCUAACUGCUGAUGAGCGAGCCAAAAGUGAAAUAAGGUUAAAAAAACAGAGACUCAAGGAGAAGAUUGAGGCAGAUGUUGGGGCCUUGGUGCAGUUCUUGCUAGAUGAGAGGGAUUCCCUGCUCGAGAGUUUGGAUGCCGAGGAAGUCGCCGCCAUGGCCGUCCUCGAGGACAACUUGAAGAUUGUAGAGACGGAGGCUGCUGCUGUAGACAAAGCUAUAGCCGAAAUCCACAGCCACAUGAGUGGGAAAACAAAUUUUGAGAGUCUUGCUGAAACAUUUAACGAUGUCAUCCAUUGUAAGCCUUUCACAUCCAUUGAACCGGUUAAUUGUGCAGCUGAAUUCACAGACUUCUCAGGGCCCUUUCAGCUCAUCAUGUGGAAAAAGAUGAUGCAUGUGCUGCACACCAUGCCUCAGAACCUGACCUUGGACCCAGAUACUGCUCACCCAAACCUGCUCAUCUCGGACUUUGACACUAAAGUGGAGGAGAGCCGUGUUCGUAACCAGGAGCCAGACUUGCCAGCCCGCUUCACGCGGUUUUGCGGCGUCCUUGCCACAGCCCAGUACGCCAGUGGCCAGCACUACUGGGAGGUGGAUGUGAAGGACAAAGGUGUGUGGUACCUGGGAGUCACCACAGAGUGCAGCAACAGAAAGGGCUUUGUCAGCCUCACUCCCUCCGAAGGAUACUGGAGCCUGUGUCUGCAGGACCGGCUGUAUGCCAACGGCGAGGACGGACGCAUCCCCGUCGCUGACUACUGGAACUCUCCUCGUGUUGGUGUGUACCUGGACUAUGACAAUGGGAGACUCAGUUUUUAUGACGCUGUCACUAUGAAGCGCCUGUACAUGUUUGACACAUGCUUUGAAGAGCCGGUAUACCCUUUCUUUAGCCCAGGAAAGAACGAUCCUGGCAGCAGAGUGCAGAUAUGCCACUAUUACUGAGAGCAGUGGUGAGGGUUAAAGUUGUCAAGGAUAAACUUGUUGGUAAUAGAGUAUUCAGAUGUGCUGUGGACAAGAGUUUGUCAGACCAGUCUGACGGGGCUGCAUGGUGUUGACACUUGGAGCCCUGUGUAUGUGUUUGAGCCGAAACAUGUCAGUCUCACUGGCGUUUAGGAUCUGAGGACUAUGCUGAAUACGCUUAUCAGUAGUUGUCAUGAAAAGCUUGAUUUCUCUUAAGAAUAUUUUCAACCUAGACACACACUGUAGGUUUAUACCCCAUACUGUACUGCCUGGGGUUCAGUGAGGUGCUUUGCUGUUUUUAAUCACUGUCUGCAGGGAGGCCUCAGUUUAGCAGAGCACAAAGCCCUCUAAAGUCCCAUUUCUGUACAUUAACUCACAUUGGCCAUAUGUUUGUUGGGUGGAACCUGAAGGAGUUAUGACUUGCUGUCGUUGUCACAUUGAUAGCUGGCAGUUCCCUUUUGUUAAUUCUAGACAAGGGAUGAGUCAGUGCGGAUGGUUUUUAGAAUGACAUUCUAUUUGCUCAUUUUUUUAAUUACCAGGAAAGGUUCAGGCUGUUUUGCUUUACAUUAUUUCAGUCUUCUAAAAUCUUUUUUUGUUGUUUUUAACAAGUUGCGAGUUUCUCCAUACGUUGUGUGGCUUGAUUGUUCAGAUGGUACAGCCAUGCCAUUUCAACAGAGCAUUUUUAUCAGUCCACCUGAAAACAAGCAGGUGUGGGGCAAAGCAAAGUAUUUUUACCACAAGUAUUUUAUUCCACAGCCACAUGUUUACAUUUUUGAACCUGUGGAUGUGUCCUGUUACUAGCCAAGACCCUGGUGGACUUGACUGAAUGGAAAACCUGAUGAUAAUAUACAUGUCAUCAAACAUCUUUAAAUAUAUUCUGGUAAAUUUUGUUUUACUAAUCGCUUGCUGCUUGCUUGGUCCUAAAAUAGGUCUGUUCUCCAGAUGUGUCUGUUUUUAUUUUGUGAUCGUUUUAUUCCUUUUAAUACUUUUGUUUGAACAUUUUUUUGUUUCCUUCUGUUGUAAACUUCCUCACAAAUAAUCUUAUCGAGGAGCGUCCUGGAGGCAUUUACCAACCUAAAUGGUGACAGUAUGUGAGCAUGGCUGUGCCUACCGUUGGUUUCAACACACUCUUUUUAGUUUAUCUGUGACAAGAUGUUUGUGUUGAGUGCAAAGCUCUUUGAUUAUUUGCAUAUUUUAUUAUCUUAGAUGUAUCCCAUUAUGGGUUUCUUUUUAGUUAUCCAGCUUAGCAGUCUUUGGACUGUGUCAUGAUGUGCAACCAAAAAAACUCCUUGUAGUUCACAUUUGUGGCCCUCUCAUCUCCUAUUUGUAAUAAGUGUUUCACUUUUUAAGAUUAAAAGAGGAAAGCCAG